AUGAAGAUACAGCUUAGGAGUGGAGGCGUAGCUGUUGGAACCCUUCUUCUCAUUGAGGAAGAUAAGUACGGCCUUUACUCCAAUUUGUUGUUCAAGUAUUUUCUGGCAGAGGGAAUUGUCUGUGGACAUGACCUGUUCGUUGCUUCUGCUAAAGAGCACCCUGACAACAUCUUGAAGGAACUUCCAGCCCCUUUGCUUGAUGAUACCUGUGGAAAGGAAUUGGGAGAUGAAGCAGCAGCUGUUAAGUCUGAGGAUGUUCAGGAUUCUAUGAAAAUAGCCUGGCGCUACCAAAAUUUACCAAAAAUGGAGGCCAGCCCAACGCCAUAUACAAAGUUUGGCCAUUAUUAUGAUAUUUCUAAGAAAAUGUCUCCAGAACUGAUUCAGUCCAUAAAAUGGCACAGUUUUUACCUUCACGAAGAACCCUCUUCACCGCCUAAAAUGAAAACAUGUAAUAUGAAUGGUGCUUAUGUGAGACUGCUCCAGUCCCUUCAGAGGAUCAUUUCCCAGGGAGGGUUUGAUGGCUCAGAUCCCCAGAAAAAACAAAAGAAUGUUUUGAGGAUAGGAAUUCAGGGUCUGGGUUCCCCGUUGUGGGGUGACGACAUUUGUUGCAGUGAUACUCCUGAAGAUGUUCAUAGCCUUACAAAAUUCCUUUAUGUUCUCCGUGGCCUCCUCAGGAAAUCUUUGUCAGCCUGCAUCAUCACAGUUCCAGCUCACCUUAUCCAGCUUGCCAUUGAGAAGACCAAGGCUUACCCUAUGAACAUUAAUUACCUUUUUCAUCACAUAGGAUGCGUAUUUUGUUUCCGUGUCUUACAGAAUAAAGCAAUUAUGGAACGUGUAACAAACUUGUCAGAUAUGGUAGUUGGUCUUGAAUCAUUUAUUGGCUCUGAGAGAGAAACCAAUCCAUUGUACAAGGAUUACCACGGUUUGGUUCAUGUACAUCAGAUUCCUCGGCUUAAUAGCUUGAUCUGUGAUGUGUCAGACACGAAGGACCUGGCUUUUAGAUUAAAAAGGAAGCUGUUCACCAUUGAGCGGCUGCAUUUGCCUCCAGACUUGUCAGACACAGUGAGCCGCGCGAGCAAACAGGAGCUGGCAGGAUCCGCCAAACUGCUGAGCUCAGGAUGUGCUGCCAUGGCCAUCGGCAAGAGGCACCUGGACUUCUAGUGAUUCCUCCUUAGCAGUUCCACUCAGAUUUAUAUGACACUCUCAUUAUGAGUGUUAAUGACUUAUAUAAAUAUUUUUCUUAAUGAUUUGACCCAGCACACAGUCUUUAAAAAUACAUGUUGGCAUACAAUGCCUUCUUUUUUUUUCUUUUAUUUUCUUUUUUUUUUUUUUUUUGUCUAUGCUGGUUUCUUUGUACUGAUUUUGGUCUUGUUUGGGUUUUGCUUUUCGGUGAAGCUGCUGUUAUGUUGGGUCCUGCCAUUGUUCUGCUCCACUGGAAACAUACAGUAUUUUGUUCCUUUCCUUCAAAUAUGAAAAUUACUGUUCCCAUUUUCAUUUCUGUAUUUUUUUUCACUAAAAAAAAUGAAGGGAUGUUUUUCCCAAUAGAUUUUUUUUAUAUAGUUACAUUUAAUAUUUUGUAUGAAUAAUGAGUUGGAUGGUUUAUUGCAAUAAAGGAAUGAAACUAAGCAGUUCAUUGUCACGUGUUAUUCGAAAAGCAAACCAGACAGUUUUAAAAACAUUCAUUUUUGUAAUCUGAAAUACCAUUCUCAAAUUUCAGGAAAUCUUUACAUUAGUUUAUUAAAUAUGUAAUAAUAAAUUUAAAAUACAUGAGAUAGUUUUUAUUCUUAUAUGCCAGUAAUUAAGAAUGGUUGUUUUUUAAAUCAGAUUAUAUUACAGAUAAUUACUUUUCCUGAUGGUUUACUACAUGCAUUAAAAGACACUUGAAUGGAAUUUACUAACCAGAGAGGAAAGAACUGAUUUCCUUAUGUAGUUCAAAACAGUAAUCCUAAACAAUUGAAGUCAGCACUAUGAAAUUAUGUCAACAGACAUAAUUCAAGAUUGAAAUUCAACCCGACAGCUACAUUAAUGCUAGGAAACCAGAAGAGUGCAUUUGAGCUCGGGGAAGGAUAUCACAGCAUGCUGGUCUGAAGCAGGGCAGAAUGUACAAGUAAUUCAGGCUUCUCUACCCUCAGAUAUACAAUUUGUGAACUUCUAACUAUUCUGUAUGUAUCUCUGUGUGUCUCCCAUCACACAAAGGAACAGUACAGCAAAGCUGACCUGUGAAUUAAAGUGGUUUGCAUUCUUUCUUCUGGGGCUGACUUCCAUUUUGAAAGGUAAUAUCUUCUUCUCUGCAGAACUUCCAAGCCACCCAGCUGUAAGAUUGCAUUACAGUUUCAAAAUUUAGUCUUUAUAAUAGUGUAUUACAUGGCUGGAGUGAAAUUGAGUCUUCAAAGAACGUGUUAAUAGGAUGCAAUAAUGGUAACAUAUUUUGAUGGGUUUGGAACCAAGAGUUGGGGAAGUGGUUUGCUUUUUUUUUUUUCCCCUGCAAUCCAGGUUCUACUUUAUUUUUUUUCUCGACAACGCUGUGUAAAACAAAGACAUAGCUUUUAAAACUGUCUAACUAAUAUGAUGAAUGUCAAUCACUUAAAAAACUCCACUGUAGCAUAAACACAUACUGUAUACAGCUUUUAUUCUGAAUUAGAAUAAUUGAAUCAAUGACAGUGAUUUGCCAGGAUGUCAAAUCUAUCCAUCAUAUCCUGUCACUACCAGUUUAUUUUUUGUGAUCAAAAUCAAAAAGACUACUAUUUUGUCAUCAACUAUUUCAUUAGUAGUAACAAUCAGGUUUUCUCUUCUAUAUUUUUUAGAUAUGCCUGUUAUAUUUUUUAUUUCUAAAGACACAAAUCCUUUUUAAAUCUUUUCAAAAUAAAGUUUCAGACCUGAACUGUCAGUUUAAUGAAGAAAAAAAGACAUCUACUUUCCUAUGCAAACAUAUUUAAAAUAUUAUCAUCGAUGUCUCAAACAGUUUUUCUCUUUUUGUGUUAUAUGUAGCACUGAAUGGAAGUUCUCAUUAGAUACUUAAUUGUGCCUUUUGAAAGCAUGAAAUAAUUUAAACACUUAGGAUAAAGUGAUUUUUAACAAAGGUGAAGUUUUACAUAGUACAUCUUUUUAAUGUAAAUAACACGAAACAUGGUGUUUCUUUGUGGAAUAUAAAGCCACAAGACAUAUAAAUUGCUGACAACAUACUUAAAUAGGUCGUUCACUUAACACACAGGGGAGAAAAUACCAUAAAAGUCUCACUCCAUGCCUAGUUAAUGUAUUAACUGAAAAUUGUUAGCAGGCAGCACAUGUAUCCCAUGUAUGUACAUGUCUAUAUGUGUGUCUCGUGCAUCUAUAAAACUUCAGUUUCCAAAACUUCAGUAGGUUGAUAUUAAAGCUGACAAAUAUUUUGAGCAAUAAAAGGAACUCCUCCUGCAAA